AGUGUGUUUCAGGUGACAUGACUUUUGUCUUAACCUAACUCUGGAGAGCCUGUGUUCGAAUGUCCCCAUAUUGCUGUUCCACAGAACUGAACAGUGUUAACUUUCUAUAGUGUGGUAUAUUCAUCCCAAACUCUCCCGUGAGCAAUGUUCAAUGAUAAUUAAUAUUUAUUCAUUUCUUAACUGGUCAGAAUGAAGAAUGCUGAAUAUUUUGACACCGUGAUGUUAUGUUGCAGACACCAAGUGACCUGACUGAACCCUCUGGAGACCAUGAAUGGAGUGAGAGAUCCACUUCAUUCUUACAACAGACACCAAGUGACCUGACUGAACCCUCUGGAGACCAUGAAUGGAAUGAUAGAUACACUUCAUCCUUACAACAGACACCAAGUGUUCCGAUCCUGAUGAAACCUUUUGAAGAUCAAGAAAGGAGUGGAAGAUCCACUUCUUCCUUACAACAGACACCAAGUGACCUGACUGAACCCUCUGGAGAACAAGAAUGGAGUGAGAGAUCCACUUCAUCCUUACAACAGACACCAAGUGACCUGACUGAACCCUCUGGAGACCAUGAAUGGAGUGAGAGAUCCACUUCAUUCUUACAACAGACACCAAGUGACCUGACUGAACCCUCUGGAGACCAUGAAUGGAAUGAUAGAUACACUUCAUCCUUACAACAGACACCAAGUGUUCCGAUCCUGAUGAAACCUUUUGAAGAUCAAGAAAGGAGUGGAAGAUCCACUUCUUCCUUACAACAGACACCAAGUGACCUGACUGAACCCUCUGGAGAACAAGAAUGGAGUGAGAGAUCCACUUCAUCCUUACAACAGACACCAAGUGACCUGACUGAACCCUCUGGAGAACAAGAAUGGAGUGAGAGAUCCACUUCAUCCUUACAACAGACACCAAGUGACCUGACUGAACCCUCUGGAGACCAUGAAUGGAAUGAGAGAUAAAUUCUCAAAAUUCUCAAAUUUUCAAAAUUCUCAUUAUUUCCUGGAAUAUCUUAUUUUGAUUAUUUUAUUUUUCCAUUUUUAAUAAAUAAUGCCUUCUUUUACAGGUGGGAAUAAGAGACGCACGUGGACAGAUUAUGAAGUGAAGGCUGUUGAGCGACAUAUGUUUGAUUUCAUAACAAGCCAUAAAGUUUCAGGUAAAACGA